AUUGUGUUUCUACCUAAAAAACGAUUUGAUAGGUGAAUUAUCCACGUCUCUGACGAGGGGGUUUGAGAGGCAUGUGCUCUGUAUUUAUGGCUUUGGUCUCUCAUGUGCGUCUUCAUCCAUAAAACAGUAUUUCUCUCACCCAAUAAUGUCAUGAAGGGGUACAAUAGAGUACAUUAAUUCCUGAGAAAACUCUUGAUGGUGGCGGCAAAAAAAUUGGUCCUUUUCAAGUCCACCGGCGCAGUUACUUCAAGAUUUGUGUUGGACGAGUUUGACCCUUUUUGGACAUAUUAAAAGUUUUCCCGGACGAUAUUUUGACGCUUAAAGUUAAGAACAUAAAGGAAAAGUUUGUGGACUGUUACUGGCAGUCUGGCAGAGUAGGAGUAGGCCACCAGUCUUUAGCGGUUUUCUUCUUCUUCGUUGUUCUCUCUUGCAGAGUUAUCUGAUAUCUCAUUGGUUUUAAAAGGAGUAAGUUGGAUAGAGAAGAAAAGUGAGAGAGAGGAAGACAGAGAUAUGGGGGAGAAGGGUGAAGUUUUGGAGGCAGUGUUGAAGGAGACAGUGGAUUUGGAAAACAUCCCAAUUGAGGAAGUGUUUGAGAAUCUUAGAUGUUCCAGAGAAGGCCUCACCACUGAUGCUGCUGAGGAGAGACUGGUCAUUUUCGGCCACAAUAAGCUUGAAGAGAAAAAGGAGAGUAAGUUCUUGAAGUUUUUGGGAUUUAUGUGGAAUCCUCUGUCAUGGGUUAUGGAGGCUGCUGCUAUCAUGGCGAUUGCUCUUGCUAAUGGAGGAGGAAAACCGCCUGAUUGGCAAGAUUUUGUGGGUAUUAUUGUUCUGCUUUUUAUCAACUCAACCAUCAGCUUUAUCGAAGAAAAUAAUGCGGGUAAUGCCGCUGCUGCUCUAAUGGCUCGUCUUGCCCCCAAAGCCAAGGUUCUUCGAGAUGGAAGGUGGAAUGAGCAAGAUGCUGCCAUUUUAGUUCCUGGUGAUGUUAUCAGUAUCAAACUUGGAGAUAUCAUACCUGCUGAUGCUCGUCUUCUCGAAGGGGAUCCAUUGAAAAUUGACCAGUCUGCACUUACUGGUGAGUCCCUUCCUGUGACAAAGGGCCCUGGAGAUGGAGUGUACUCUGGUUCUACUUGCAAACAGGGAGAAAUUGAGGCAGUUGUCAUCGCCACUGGGGUGCAUACCUUCUUUGGGAAGGCUGCUCACCUCGUUGAUUCAACUAAUCAAGUUGGUCACUUCCAAAAGGUCUUGACUGCGAUAGGGAACUUCUGCAUUUGUUCAAUUGCCAUAGGGAUGAUAAUAGAGAUUAUAGUUAUGUACCCUAUUCAAGACCGGGAAUACCGUCCUGGAAUUGACAAUCUGCUUGUGCUCCUUAUUGGAGGAAUUCCAAUUGCUAUGCCCACAGUUCUCUCAGUGACGAUGGCUAUUGGUUCACAUCGGUUAUCUCAGCAGGGGGCUAUCACAAAGAGAAUGACUGCAAUAGAAGAGAUGGCUGGCAUGGAUGUGCUUUGCAGUGACAAGACGGGAACUUUGACAUUGAACAAACUUACUGUUGACAAAAACCUAGUUGAGGUUUUUGCAAAAGGAGUGGAUGCAGAUACCGUUGUUUUGAUGGCGGCUCGAGCUUCUAGAGUCGAGAACCAAGAUGCAAUAGAUACUGCUAUUGUUGGGAUGCUGGCUGAUCCAAAGGAGGCACGUGCUGGCAUUCAAGAGAUACAUUUCCUCCCUUUCAAUCCUACUGAUAAGCGAACAGCGUUGACCUACCUUGACAGCGAUGGUAAAAUGCAUAGAGUCAGCAAAGGUGCACCGGAGCAGAUUCUAAAUCUUGCCCACAAUAAGUCAGACAUAGAACGAAGAGUUCAUGCCGUGAUUGAUAAGUUUGCAGAGCGAGGUCUACGGUCUCUUGGUGUAGCAUAUCAGGAAGUUCCAGAAGGAAGGAAAGAAAGUUAUGGAGGCCCAUGGCAGUUCAUUGGUCUCAUGCCUCUCUUUGAUCCACCUCGACAUGACAGUGCAGAGACAAUUAGGAGGGCUUUAAAUCUUGGAGUGAGCGUUAAAAUGAUUACAGGUGAUCAAUUGGCAAUAGGUAAGGAAACUGGUCGCCGUUUGGGAAUGGGGACCAACAUGUAUCCGUCAUCUGCUUUACUAGGACAGGAUAAGGAUGAGUCUAUUGUUGCUUUACCAAUUGAUGAACUGAUUGAAAAGGCUGAUGGCUUUGCUGGGGUUUUCCCUGAGCACAAAUAUGAGAUAGUAAAGCGUUUACAGGCCAGGAAGCAUAUUUGUGGGAUGACUGGCGAUGGAGUCAAUGAUGCUCCUGCUCUUAAGAAAGCUGACAUUGGUAUAGCUGUUGCUGAUGCAACUGACGCAGCUCGCAGUGCUUCUGACAUUGUGCUUACUGAACCUGGCCUUAGUGUCAUCAUAAGUGCAGUCUUAACCAGCCGGGCAAUUUUCCAGAGGAUGAAAAAUUACACUAUUUAUGCAGUCUCCAUUACAAUCCGUAUUGUGCUGGGUUUCAUGCUGCUGGCUCUAAUAUGGAAGUUUGAUUUUCCCCCUUUUAUGGUGCUUAUAAUUGCCAUUCUCAAUGAUGGCACCAUUAUGACCAUAUCCAAGGAUAGGGUGAAACCAUCUCCUUUGCCGGACAGCUGGAAGCUGGCAGAGAUUUUUACCACUGGCGUUGUCCUAGGCAGUUACUUGGCAAUGAUGACAGUCAUAUUCUUUUGGGCAGCGUACAAAACAGACUUCUUUCCUCGGACAUUUGGGGUCUCAACUCUUGAGAAAACAGCGCAUGAUGACUUCCGAAAGCUUGCUUCAGCAAUAUACCUUCAAGUGAGCAUUAUCAGUCAAGCCCUUAUAUUUGUGACACGAUCUCGCAGUUGGUCUUAUGUGGAGCGCCCUGGAUUAUUGCUUGUAGCAGCUUUUUUGGUUGCUCAGCUGAUUGCUACCCUGAUUGCUGUGUAUGCAAAUUGGAGUUUUGCUGCAAUUGAAGGCAUUGGAUGGGGCUGGGCUGGUGUGAUCUGGCUUUACAACCUCAUCUCUUACAUCCCACUUGAUAUUCUCAAGUUCUUAAUACGCUAUGCUUUGAGUGGGAAGGCCUGGGAUCUGGUUAUUGAGCAAAGGAUUGCAUUUACUAGGCAAAAGGAUUUCGGUAAGGAACAACGUGAACUGCAAUGGGCACAUGCACAGAGAACAUUGCAUGGCUUGCAACCACCAGACACCAAGAUGUUCACUGAGCGAACCCAUUUCACUGACCUAAAUCAGAUGGCUGAAGAAGCCAAAAGGAGAGCUGAAAUUGCAAGGUUGAGAGAACUUCAUACACUAAAGGGUCAUGUAGAAUCAAUGGUGAGGUUCAAGCGGCUCGACAUCGACACAAUUCAACAAGCAUAUACAGUAUGAAAGAGAACCUUGUGGGGUAUUUAGUGCAAUAACCGGAACAUUUUGUGAACUGGAUAGUGUAAGAAAAGUGUAAUACAGAAUCAUAUUUUGAGUGAUCUUAAAACGACGGAAGUGCAGCCCUUAUCUUCA